AUGGUAGCGGAUCCGAGGCAGUUGGAGAAGAGCUCACUAGAGGUUGACAUGCGAGCACUACUAGGAUUAGAUGGUGAUGAUUUGGACCACGGGGCGCAGGUUGGAGAGGUUGCCAGAGAUUCUAAGUGGUAUAGAGGAUAUGGUUUGCUGGGUGUGCUAGCUUUGACUCAUUUGCAGGAGUCUGGUCCGCCAGCUAGAGAGGCUUAG